AUGAUACACGAGUCUGGUCUAUCGACCAUGUCAACAAUGUUUCAAGCUGCAGGCGACAAUGAACAUACAAAGAAAGAGGAGAGUCAUGAGAAUCUUUCGGUAGACGAGCUCUUACCCUCACUACUUAAUCCAGAGUCGCCACUGCCCUCUCUUCAGAUUCGCACCGAUCUACCCAAUCCGUCCUCGCGAGACUCCGAUCCUUAUGCUUCGACCAGUUUGUCCGGAAGUUAUCCACGUCGUACCCCGAGUCUUCGUGCUCUCUUCGCACCACCUAUAUACAGUGCAGGUUCCUUGUCUCCGGCAUCUUUCAUGUCCUCGCCUCAAUUGAAUGCGAUGGGUGACAUAACUCCAUUACCAUCACCAAUUGGAGGUGCUGCGCCGUGGCGGAGAUCGGAUGUACCGUCAUUAUCUCGUUCUUCGUCUGUGGCGUCGCGCAGCGGUUCUAGUCUUCGCCUAAGCGAUUCAUCGCAAAUGCUUGGACCACCCGUCAUGUCCCGUUCGCGCGCCAAACCAUACACCGGAAUUGAUGGCCAAGGGGAGGAGUCAUCUGUGGUCAAUCGGCAUCGUCAUGAGUCGCCCUCAAAGAAUCUUCAUUCUCAUUCUCGGAACCGCAGUCUGAGUGACUAUGCGCCAGCUGGCCGGGUCUCUGUUCCUCCCCGUCCGAUCGCAGUGUCAGGGAAUACCGGGCUUGGAAUUGCCUCGUCGUCGAGCAUAGAUUCGAAAUCCAAUGGACUUCAUCGCGAGCAAUAUCUCGCGGUCCACCGGGGUAUCACAUUGCCGACAAUUCGUCCUCCCAGCCCGCCUCGCAGUAGCGGCAGUGGAUAUAGUGACAAUGAAGCUGUCAUCCGCCACCCUGCUCCCCUCUCCAUGCCCCAGGAGCUAUAUUCUGUCCGGUCGGUCCGCACAGAUCAGGCCCGUAUUUACCAGAAAGUCCGGACACUGGGCCAGGGUACGUUCAGUCAGGUCAGUCUGGCGGCGCGUGUGGAAUCUAUCCCUGACAUGCCUUUGUCGCCGGAUGGUGAUGGAGUUGGCGCAUUCCACGGGUUUGUCAACAACCAAAAACUGGUUGCCGUCAAGAUCAUCGAACAUGGACCCGCUGGAGGCGCGGAUGAGGGCCGACUGGAGGUAUCGCUAAAGCGCGAAGUGGAAAUCUUGAAGUCGGUCAACCAUCCGUCCCUCGUCCAACUCAAAGCAUUCGGCAGUGAUGAGAAACGUGCUCUGUUAGUUUUGGACUAUUGUCCCGGUGGAGAUUUGUUCGAGUUUGCCACAUCGGGAGCUCCUCGCAUGUGUCCGGAGUUGAUCCGACGUAUUUUUGCCGAAUUGGUUGAUGCUGUGCGUUAUCUGCAUGCUCAUUACAUCGUUCACCGGGACAUCAAGUUAGAAAAUGUUCUACUUACUAUGCCCGCUCAUGUUAUGGAUGACGUGCAAGACUGGCGUACCUACGACCGCGCUGUAGUCACUCUCAGCGAUCUCGGCCUGUCACGGCGUAUCCCUGAGCCUCCUGAGAGCCCACUUUUGCAGACCCGAUGUGGCAGUGAGGAUUACGCAGCCCCUGAGAUCCUGAUGGGUCAGGCUUAUGACGGCCGUGCCACUGACGCGUGGGCACUCGGUGUUCUACUCUAUGCCCUCAUGGAGAAUCGGUUACCUUUUGAUGUUCUGCCUGGCACUCGUGGAGAUCCUGCCAAACUUCGUGCCCGAACGCCGCAUCGUAUCGCGCGUUGUGAAUGGGCUUGGUAUAGAUAUGCCGACGACGAUGAGGAAUGGGAUCCCGAGAAGGGCAAAGGACUCGAAGGGGCCCAUGACUGUGUAGAAGGUCUUCUCAAGCGCAACACCAAGCGCAAAACCCUCGAUGAGAUUGCUGCUAUUGAUUGGGUGUGUGAUGCUAUCGAUGUGCCUGGUGGCCUGAAACGAGGUGACAAGGAAGUGCCGUAG